AUGGAGGCCACCUCGUCGUCGGCGGUGGCGCGACAGACGUGGGAGCUGGAGAACAACAUCCCGGUGGCUGCCUCCGACCCAGACGCCAUGGACGCGAUCUACCGCUACUACGAGGCGGCCAACGCGCGGGCCCACCAGGAGAAGCCCUGGGCCACCGACCCGCACCACUUCCGCCACGCCAGGAUCUCCGCCCUCGCGCUCCUCAAGAUGGUCAUCCACGCCCGCGUCGGCGGCACCAUCGAGAUCAUGGGCCUCAUGCAGGGCAGGCACAACGCUCGCCCCCAAAUCCUUCCGCCACCACCGUCCCUAUUUAUCAUUGGAGCUCCCGAUCUGACCAGAUGUUGCAAUGCUGCUCUGAAUAGAGUGUCAUUUCAGAAAGGAAAUUAG